UUCCGCACGAGUUUCCCCACUCGCGGCAAGUGUUGUCAUCUGCUUUGGCUCCACGGCGAGAGCGAAACGGGCUCGCGAGAGUGGCUGAGCGUGUAGUAUAGCACGGAGUAUCGCCGCACGAGGUGUGUUUUCUCGCGCGAUUGGAAAAAAAAAAAGACGUAGCGUUUCCGAUUUUCUUUUUCCUCAAAAAACUCGACGAUUUCACAGCGAGCGAACAUGAGGACCCUUUGGAUCGUUGCUUUCUGUCUCGCGAUCUCUGCGGUUCACGGCAAGCCCAUGAUUUACAAGAGGAACGAGGAUAACGUUUUCGAACCAGUAAUGGUACCCGUGUCAUCCACGGUGAUUCCGCUACCCGUGUACAAGGUAGGCUACGGUUUAGGCUUUAUAUCGAAAGAUAAGAAAACGUCGUUCAAGCCAGAAGACGGCAUAAAACUGAUAACAAUCAAGAAGAUUCAGGAGAAGAAAACGUGAACGCAACUUCGCACACUGAUGGACUUUCUGGCGGUAAAGCUCGAUUUCUCAACUUACGUUACACACUUGUCCAUUUUAUUUCGUAGCUGAGCGAAUUUGCAUCGAGUUUGUUCUCAUCACACACGUUGAAACAAACAAAAUGCAAAUAUGCGUAUUAUCUACCGUCUUACGUUAUAUCUAAUAUAUUCUAGAGAUAUAAGUUUUUUCUCACACCAAAAAUUAAUAUACCUCUGUAAGUUUAAUUUUAUUGCUCGCUCGUUAGUGAAGCAAAGAGUUUGUUAUUAAUAAUAAUUCAAGAUUCAAGGCUUCCGUCUUCUGCAUUGAUGUUACAUUUUCGUAGAAUAUAUCAGAUUGUUUGAAAAAAAUAUAUACAUAUAUAUAUA